AUGAGUCGUCCACACCACAACCAGGCGCCCUACGGCGUCUACGGGGACGCGUCCGAUUGGACCCACUACCCGGUGCAACAAUUCGUGCCAAACAACAGCCGGCAGCCGCAGUACAAUGCGCAACACCAGCCGAUGCAGUGGCCGCCCCUGCAGCAGCACUCCGGCUACGACCAGCGCCGGCCCGGAGGCUUCGGUCCUCAGAAUAACGCUGACCCGUACGGUGGGGCGCCGCAUCAGCACCACGGCCAGGCUCCCUGGAACAAUCUUGGUCGACAGCAGCAACACCAGGCGCCUGCCCACCACCCCACCAACUUCCAGCUGAACCCGAACGCGCCGUCGUUUGUGCCCAAAGCCCAGCAAUCUUCUUCUAAUACUGCUACGUCGUCCUACAAUCUGCCCGCGCAGCAGCAUCAGCACGGGAUGGCCGCCGCCUUCAACCCGGAGAUCCAUGGGAAAGACGGCUACAAUGUCGAAUUGCUUUUCGAAGACAACUCGGCUCAAUACAUCCCGUCGUCUGGCCUUCAGAUGAAGCUGCAGGGCUGCCGGGACAAGGCCGCCGUCAUGGAGGUGCAAAUCGGCUUCGAGCAGCUGCUGGGCGACACCACAGAAUUCGAGAGCUGGUCGUGGGCCAUCCAGAAGCGCAUGGCCACGCCCGAAUUCGGUAUCGAGGACAAGAAAGUGGCGACGGCGCUAGCUAUUGAGAUGGCGAUUUUUGCCGGUCAAGGCGACGAGGAAACUCUGCACCCCUACACCUUCGCCCGGCUGGUCGCCCAACUCUUCAGCGAGAACGCCGAUCUGAUCAUGAACUGCGUGCUGCCCGUCUUCCAAGAAUUCCACGAGUCGCGGAACCACAUGGAGGAGGACAAGCGCCGCAACUUGAGGCGUUUCACCGCCGAGCUGUUCUCCAGGUUAACAAUGAACGAAAUGCGCAUCCAGCCACUCGGCAAGGCCCUCCUCGAUCAGGUCGAAGAGCGGGUACGGCUGCCCCACAACCAGCAGUCCGACGACGACAUCCAGCACGUCAUCACCAUUCUGCAGAUCGCCGGCCGCCACUUGAACACCAUGGACCCGCUGAAGCCGCAGUUGAAUGACGUGAUGACGGUGCUCGACGCCUUCUCCAACGGACACCACAAGCUCGGCGAGCACACCCGGGGCGAGCUGAAGAGCCUCAUCAACGAGCACACAAAGAAGAAUUGGCAGGGCGUGCAGCCGUUCCGGCACCCGGCCACUAUGCAGUCGAGCAGCUAUGUCGAUGAGAACGGCGCCCAGAUCUCGCUGAGCGACGAGGAGCGGGCUUUUUAUGACACGCACGUCGACGAGCCGUACAAUGGCGAGGAGGAGGACCAGGAGAUGAUCCGCGACUACGAGCUCUACCUGAAGGAGAUCAACGACCAGCAGCUGGCCCAGGAGCAGAUGGCGAAGCUGUCGCUGGACAAGGUGACGACAGAAGCCUCCGCCGGAAGCAGCAACGAGCAGCCGAAGCCCAGCGAA